AUGUGUGUCCUAAGCGAUUGUACACAUAUAUGGAAGGGCCUACUCUCGUCGAACUGGUUGCUAGAAGAAGCCAACAAGUUGAAAGCAAGAUAUAACGCUGCAAUGACACCCGCACAUUUAGCCGCUCAUAUAUUAGACCCCAAAUAUAGAGGUGAAGGACUAGAUGAAGAAGAAGACACAAUGGGUAUGGAGUUCAUAGAUUUAAGCUAUCCGCAGGCAAUAAAAGAUGUCCUCACGUACCGUGCGAUGAGUUUUCCAUUUAAAGACUACAUGUUUAAGGAAGAUCUUUUAAAAAGAACUUAUGUGUCCGUGUGGUGGAGAUCGCUGGGAAGUAAAAUAGAUCCGGGAAUGAUAAAUCUCACAAAUCAGGUAUAUACAGCCACUGCGUCUUGUGCCCGAAUCGAAAGAUUAUUUUCGACUUUUGGGCUGGUGCACUCUAAAUUACGAAACAGACUUGGCACCAAGAAAGCAGCAAAAUUGGUUACAGUAAUGAGGGCGCUGAAUCCAGGCAGCAGAGGCUCAUCAUAUGUGGACGAGGACGAGGUCGAGGAAUUAACAGUUUUAUCAUUAUCAUUAAUCAAUAUAAGUACCUACUCAAUCAAUAACAAACAAAACAUAAUGAAUAUGAUUGAUUUGAUAGGAUCUAGAUCUACCUACCCCAUAUGUCUAUGUCAAUAA